AAGAGGCGUCUAUUUUAUUUUGCAGACGAAGGAGGUUCACGCGACCGGGACAGAGACGCGGAUGCGUAUUUUAGUCUCGCGUUGUAUCUUGGGAGAUCUGUGAUUUGCUUUGAUGGAAAUCGCAGGCCGUUUUUCGCAGCAACGCGAGAUUACGACGAGCUCCCCUCGAACCGAAGGGCCUGGCUGGAAUCUUAUUUAUGUUGUUCGUGUGCAUGCGCGUGUUUCUGUGUGUGUGUUGAGCGCAUUCUCUGGAUGCGGUUAUCACCGGCAGCAGAUUAUUUUCCAGUCAGCCAGUUGUUGAACGCGGACUACGGAUGCUCCGCUAUGUGUUGUCGUCGACUUGACCCGAGGAGGCUCGAAGGAGGCGAGUCCACGACACCAUGAGUCCUCCGACUCGGCCCGUGGUCUUCUGCUGUUGUCACAGGAAAAUCUGGCUGCACUCAGCAGCGGGAGGCGAACGCAUCUCCAUUAUCCGCCCGGUUAUCAUCCGCCUGCAGACGAUGCUGUGGGAGCACAAGCACGAUGAAUAGAUACACCAACAUCCGACAGCUCGGCGACGGCACCUACGGCUCGGUGAUCCUGGGCCGCAGUCUGGAGUCGGGGGAACUAGUAGCCAUAAAGAAAAUGAAAAGGAAAUUCUACUCCUGGGAAGAAUGCAUGAACCUCCGUGAAGUCAAGUCCUUAAAGAAACUCAAUCAUGCCAAUGUGAUCAAACUGAAGGAGGUGAUUCGAGAGAAUGACCACUUGUACUUCGUAUUUGAGUAUAUGAAGGAAAACUUGUAUCAGCUAAUGAAAGACAGGACUCGGUUGUUUCCGGAAUCUGCAGUGAGAAAUAUUAUGUUUCAGAUACUUCAGGGGCUCGCGUUCAUUCAUAAACACGGGUUUUUUCACAGGGACAUGAAACCAGAGAACCUUCUGUGCAUGGGCCCGGAGCUGGUGAAAAUCGCAGACUUUGGGCUCGCCCGUGAGAUCAGAUCUCGACCGCCAUACACAGACUACGUCUCGACUAGAUGGUACAGAGCCCCAGAGGUGCUCCUCAGAUCCUCAUCCUACAGCUCGCCCAUAGACCAAUGGGCUGUCGGCUGCAUCAUGGCAGAGCUUUAUACUCUCAGGCCUCUUUUCCCAGGCUCCAGUGAAGUGGACACCAUCUUCAAGAUUUGCCAAGUUUUGGGCACACCAAAGAAGAAUGACUGGCCUGAGGGAUUCCAGCUGGCAAGUGCGAUGAACUUCCGUUGGCCUCAGUGUGUUCCCAGUAAUCUGAAGACCCUGAUCCCGAAUGCCAGUUCUGAAGCCGUCCAUCUGAUGACCGACCUCCUUCAGUGGGAUCCCAAGAAGAGACCAGCUUCAGCCCAGUCUCUCAGGUACUCGUACUUCCACGUGGGCCAGGCUUUGGGCACGCCUCAGCAGAUCCUGGAGCAGGGCAGACCUCAGCCGGGCCUUGUGCCCCUGCCGGCUCCUUUACAGUCGCAGCAGAUGUUGCUGCAGCAGCAGCAGCAACCCCUGCUGCUUAAACCCGUGCCCCCCUCGCAGCCUCCACCUCCCAACCAACACUGCCCCCCCUCCAGGCCUCUCCAGCAGAUCCAGCCCUCCCCCGUGUCUGCAGCUGACCAGGCAGCAAUGUACCAACGGCACACGGAGCUGAUGCGAGGACAGCAGCCGAAGCACAUCCUGAAGCAGGAACAGGGCGAGGGGACACCGCAGAGCCAUCUUCCCUACGUUGUAGACAAGAGUCUCCAGAGCCAGCAGACAAGGCAGGAGUCGGAAAAAGCCAACCUAUUGGGCUAUCAGAUGAAAGCUAAAGGAGGGCGGCGCCGUUGGGGCCAUGGCACCGGUCACCUUAAAGGUGAAGACUGGGACGAAUAUGAAGAACCAGAUCUGACAGCCAUAAGUAUUCUGGGAAAAAGCAGCUUCUCCACUGAGAAGUCGCGGCAGGGGGAGGACGCACUGAGCAGUCUGUCCGUCAGAUAUGGAAAUGCUCUGGAUUUCAGUCGACCCAGAGGGAAAGAAGAUGCACCUUUAAACCUGAACAAGACCGCAGCCUAUCAAGAGCCAUCAAGAACCGCCUCUGCCAAACAACAUUACUUGAGGCAGUCCAGAUAUUUACCAGGCAUUAGUACGAAGAAGAACAUUGCAAUAAAUGCCAGUAAAGACUUUGGUGGAAGUCAUCUUUGGGGCAACAGUGGUAUUCCAUUUGGAGGGACUCUGCCGAGCAGAGGCGCACACGGUACGAACACGAUCCCAGGUGGAUACAUGCCAUCAUUUUACAAAAAAGACACUGGUUCUGCUGGUCACAGAGGACAUCAGGGUCCCUCAGCCGAAUCAACAGCAUCAAAUUAUGCAACAUGGCGGUCUGGCCGGAGUCAGGCGAACACCACCGCCAACGUGCCGUUGGCCAACAAGACCAAUCCAGGUCUGUUGCCUCGUCCGCCGGCACAGACUAUCCACGGGCGAACAGACUGGUCUGCCAAAUAUGGACACCGCUAGUGGCCUCCGCGGAGCUCUGACCUGUGCCCUGCACGAGAGCUCUGCGCUCCCGAGAACUCUUUCACCUCCAAAGAGUAGGCCUAGUUCUUUUGUAAUCGAAAUCUGUACAUACAUCUUACACAGCAAUAAACUUUGUUUCAUUAUGUGUUGUAUGGAUGUUGUAAGUUGUAAAAAUAUCUUAAUGUGCGUGUACAGCUAAAUGCAACCGCCCCCCCCCCACUAUGUGUAGUGUUUUAUUUUCUAUCUCUGAAAACAAACGACCGUCUGACAGAGUUGACGCCUGUACCUGCUGUUUUAUAUCGGAUAUGUCGCUGAAUGCUGUUCCAUCAACCUGUAUACACAAUAUGCGUAUUAUAUCUUUAUGAAAACAUCACUGUGACUUGUUUUUAGCCAACCCAUUACUUUGCCUCUGUACAGUUCUGCCAUUAUUUUUUACACUCCUGCUGUAUUUGUUUUAUAACGCUCAACUUGUCAAUCUGGUAACUAUUAUUUGUGCAUUAAGUGUUUGACAUGAAAUUCAAGGCAACGCUGUAAGUUUCAGUAAAAUGAAUGCAACGCAAGUGGUCGCCACAUUGUAUGAAUCUGUUGAAUUUCAGCAGUGAAAUGAUCCAAGUAAACAUGUUCUAUCCACAUGGUGUGAUUAUUGAACAGCCAGUUAUUGAGUACGAUUAAAUGUUUGACUGCGUA